AAUUUGAUGCACGUUUCAUCAAAGCCAUAGCCCGUCUAUAAUAGUAAUACCCUCUGUUCUGGUACAAUACAAACACAAAAGCAGGAGAACUUGAACAAUGAUGUUCUCAAAAAAUUACUUUCUUUCAAUAGUUACAGUCCUUUUGUUAUGCGCUUCAUGGACCACUUCAACUUCAAUUCUAGAGAACUUUAUCCAAUGCAUCUCUGCACAUUCUGAGAUUAUUUCUCCGAUGUCCACUUUCUACACACCAAACAACUCCUCAUUUUUUACAAUCCUACAAUCUUCUGCUCAAAACCUCAGGUACCUUGUGCCGUCUGCGCCCAAGCCCGAGCUCAUCUUCACGCCUUUGUAUGAAUCCCAUGUUCAGGCGGCUGUUAUUUGCUCCAAAGAACUUGGAAUUCAUCUACGAGUUCGGAGUGGAGGCCAUGACUAUGAGGGCCUUUCUUAUGUAUCUGAAAUCGAAUCGCCUUUCUUCAUUUUGGACCUCGCCAAGCUCCGUUCUGUCAGUGUUAAUAUAGAUGACAACAGUGCUUGGGUUCAAGCCGGUGCCACCAUUGGUGAAGCCUAUUACAGAAUUGCAGAGAAAAGCAAGGUUCAUGGCUUUCCAGCUGGUCUCUGUACAAGCUUAGGCAUUGGCGGGCACAUCACAGGAGGUGCUUAUGGUUCCAUGAUGAGGAAAUAUGGCCUCGGUGCUGACAAUGUUGCAGACGCCCGAAUUGUAGAUGCUAAUGGCAGAGUUCUUGACCGCGCAGCCAUGGGUGAAGACCUCUUUUGGGCGAUAAGAGGAGGAGGAGGAGCAAGCUUUGGAAUUAUUCUCGCCUGGAAGCUAAAAUUGGUUCCUGUACCAGCAACUGUGACAGUUUUUACAGUGACCAAGACCCUGGAACAAGGCGCCACAAAGCUCCUCUAUAGAUGGCAACAAGUUGUAGAUAAGCUGGAUGAGGAUCUCUUCAUCAGAGUUAUCAUUUCACCUGCAGCAAGCACAGAGCAACAAGGCAAGAGAACUAUAACAACCUCAUACAAUGCUUUGUUUCUCGGCGGCGCCACCAGACUCCUCCAGGUAAUGGAAGAGAGCUUCCCUGAACUGGGUUUGACAAGAAAAGAUUGUACUGAAACAAGCUGGAUCAAAUCAGUGCUUUACAUUGCCGGAUACCCAAGUAACACACCUCCUGAAGUUCUACUUCAAGGGAAGUCUUUGUUCAAGAACUUUUUCAAAGCCAAGUCAGACUUUGUUAAAGAACCAAUUCCAGAAACAGCACUUGAGGGGCUCUGGAAAAGAAUCCUGGAAGAAGAUAUUCCACUGUUAAUAUGGACCCCUUACGGAGGAAUGAUGAGCAAGAUUUCAGAAUCUGAAAUUCCUUUCCCGCACAGAAAGGGAACAAUAUUCAAAAUCCAGUACUUGAGUACAUGGCAAAACGGAGAAAAGAACACGACGCAGCAUUUUGACUGGAUAAGGAGGUUAUACGAUUACAUGGGUCCUUAUGUUUCAAUGCUUCCGCGAACUGCAUAUGUGAAUUACAGGGAUCUUGAUUUGGGAAAGAACAAGGAUAAAAACACAAGUUUCAUUGAGGCUAGUGUUUGGGGAACCAAGUAUUUCAAGGAUAACUUCAUCAGAUUGGUGAAAGUGAAGACAGAAGUUGAUCCUGAUAAUUUCUUCAGGCAUGAACAGAGCAUUCCACCUCUUCCACGCGACUGGGAGGCGCAGGCCGAGUAUUCUAAGGUUUGAUUGGACUAAUAUAUUCAUAGUUAAACUGUAAUUUUGAUUGUAUUGCUUGGUUUGAUUAUAAUGAAUAAAGAUGUCUAACCAAAUUUGCUCU